AACUUACACUGAUGGGAACCAAAAGUAUCUCCUGGCUAACUUUACUAAGUCUAAUUUUUGGGAGUUAGAAAAUCCCCGGACCCAUUUAUAUCAAAUUAUUAGUUCAUUAAAACUGAACAAUGUUUAA